AUGCCAAACACCAAAACCAUUGACGUCCCCCACCUCGGCGGCAUAACAGCUGCCUACCAAACCUCCGGUCCCGUGGACGCCUCCAAACCCACCCUCAUCUUGAUAAACUCCUUCGCUACGUCCUCGGAGCUCUAUCGUGAUGCAUACACGAACAAAAAACUUACAUCGGUGAUGAAUCUGGUAGCGAUCGAGCUAUUGGGUCAUGGACAAACGCGCGCAAAGACUGAGAACUGGACGUACUGGGAUACUGCGAUGAUGAAUCUGCAGGUUAUGGAGAAGCUGGGUGUGAAGAAAGCUUUUGUAUUAGGGACGAGCCAGGGAGGAUGGGUGACGGUACGAAUGGCACUUUUGGCGCCGGAAAAGAUCCUUGGCAUAGUACCUCUUGGAACAUCCUUAGACUAUGAGUCCCCUCGUUCUCGCGAUCUAGGCUGUUGGCACGCCGUUGACCCCCUCGCUGACCGCAUCACCGGCGAAUUCGGCACCGAAUCCAAUGAGCCUACGCCAGACUUUGUACCCAGCACAGACUUCUGCAACUUCCUCAUCGACGUGGGCUUGGGGAAGGAGGACUGUCCCGAAGACGUCCGCGCCUUCUGGAUUGAUGAGAUUAAGAAUAAUUAUCAAGGCGACGAAGGACGUCGAAGGAUCAGGAUGUGUGCAAUUAAUCUUAGAGAUCGGGACGGAUUGCAUAUGCGCUUGAGCGAUGUGCUGUGUCCGGUUUUGCGGUUGCAUGGAACUAGCGAUGUUGUUUAUUCGGUCGCGAACGCCAAAGAGGAGAUGAAACUCUUUACGAACUCGCCGAAUGCCAAAUUGGAGGUUAUCGAAGGCGGCCAGCACUUCUUGAGCGCAUCUAAUCCGAAAGAGGUUAACGAGUCUGUUAUUCGUUUUGUAAAAGAGUAUAGCAAGUAG